AUGCGGAUCGACGCCUGGCUCCGAAAGACAAUCGGCAAGUUCCUCACUGUCCAUACUCCGCUCACUCUGGCCGGCUCGUUCAACGCGGUCCUGCUUUUCUGCGAGAUCUUCUUCAUUUACAUUGUAACGACGCUGUUUGAAGUCGUCGGCUGCAUGUCGGGUGCGUAUGGCCAGCUCACGCUCGUCGCCAAUCCGCAGAUAGAAUGCUUCUCGUCGGCGUGGUGGGCGCAUCUCUUCCCGACCACCCUCGUUGCCGGCAUCAUCUACCUCGUCUGCCUUCCGGCGGUCCUCCUCUACGGCAUUCGCAAGAUCCACAAGACCGAGCCGACGAUGAACGAUGAGCACUUCCUGGCUUGGUCGCGCUUCUCUUCAGUCGUCUUCAAGUUCAAGCGGUCAUUCCGGUGGUGGAUGUUUAUCAUCAUGGGACGCAAGCUUGUUAUUUCUGUGGUCAUUGCCUCGUUCCCGACCGCGCCGCUUGUCCAGGCCAUGGGCUCGCUCAUGGUGCUUUUUGUUGGUAUCGUGGUCCAGCUGCUGUACUCGCCGUACCGGCUGCGGCAGCACAACCAAGUCGACUGGUUCCUCGCCUCGAUGCACCUUCUGCUACUCCUCUGUGGCGUCCUCUUCUACAUCGACAGGUUUGCCACCCGUGGAGUCUGGGAAAUUGUCGUUGUCAUCUCGCUCACGCUCAUCAUCAUCUCGUGCUUGUUCAUGGCGCGCAUCAUGCUUCUUGAGCUGCGGCGGCUGGCGACUGACAAGCCAGUCAACUCUGAGUCUUCGACCAAGGAUCUCUUUGCCCGGCGCCACAUCGCGUACACCCCGUCCAUGGCGCCGCUGCUGGAGUCGCUGCAGGUCUCGCGGGCCGCGUUUAUGCGCUACCUCUCCAUCUGCUCCGACAGCGACUUGGUGCAGCUCACAUCGGUGGCUGACGCCGUUGCACUCUCGCUCUCGCAAACCAAGCGGAUGCCAACCUCGACCGGCCUCAUUGCGCUCGCCUCCAAGUAUGCGUCGCAUGACGAGGUUUCGUCAAUGGACUCGCCGUUCUACGCCUCGAUGAUGGAUGAGAGCUCGGACGACGACGAUAUCUCCGAUCAGGCGAACACCUUUCCCAACGGCGGUGUGUACCAAUUGCAAUUCUCGCAAUCGUUCCCGGAUACAACUCAUCUGCCGACAGUUCAUGACGACGAAACCGUCGACCAGAUCCCUCUCGCCGACGCCCACAAUCACAAGUCCACCUGA